AUGGAUGAUCAGAGUUUAAAGAAGGGCGGUGUCCAGAAUGGCACGAAGCCCCCUGCCCCCCCUGCCCCCCCCUCACACACACACACAGAGGACAAAGCUACCGUGCUGCAGAAAGAGGUCGGCCUGGUGAGCGGUGUGUGUUUGAUUGUGGGGACGAUGAUCGGUUCCGGAAUCUUCAUCUCUCCCAAAGCGGUGCUGCAGGGGACCGGAGCGGUCGGACCUAGCCUGUGUAUCUGGGCAGCAUGCGGACUGCUGGCUACACUCGGGGCUCUGUGCUAUGCCGAGCUGGGUACUAUGAUUACCAAGUCUGGUGGUGAAUACUCGUACCUCAUGGAGGCGUUUGGACCGGUGCUGGGUUUCCUAUACGGCUGGACUACCAUCAUCGUCCUCAAGCCUUCAUCCUUCGCCAUCAUCGCUCUCAGCUGUGCAGAGUACGCGGCCACGCCCUUUUACCCAGCAUGCACCCCUCCCCGCAUCGUCAUCAAGAGCCUCGCCGCCGCCUUCAUCAUGAUCAUCUCCCUGGUCAACUCUCUGAGUGUGCGCUUGGCCAACUACGUCCAGAACUUCUUCACCGCCGCCAAGCUCUUCAUCAUCUUCAUCAUCGUAGCGGCCGGAGUCGUCCUCCUCGCUCAAGGGAACACUCAGAAUCUAAGUAACGGGUUUGAAGGGGCGACGACAUCGUUUGGAAACAUCGGCCUGGCCUUCUAUAACGGGCUCUGGGCCUACGAUGGCUGGAAUCAACUGAACUUUAUUACAGAGGAGCUGAAGAAUCCGUACAGGAACCUGCCUCUGUCUAUCCUGAUAGGUAUUCCGCUGGUGUCAGUGUGCUACCUGAUGGUUAACGUGGCCUACUUUACCGUCAUGACACCCGCUGAACUCCUACAGUCAUCUGCUGUCGCCGUGACGUUUGCGGAUCGUGUGCUGUACCCCAUGUCGUGGGUGGUGCCUCUCUUCGUGGUCUUCUCCACGUUCGGGGCGGCCAAUGGGAGCUGCUUUACUGCCGGCAGGUUGACGUAUGUGGCAGGACGAGAGGGUCACAUGAUUAAGAUUCUCUCCUACAUCAGCCUCAAAUACUACACACCAGCUCCUGCUCUCGUCUUCAACGGUUUCCUGGCUAUAAUCUACAUCAUUCCUGCGGACAUCAACACUCUGAUCAACUACUUCAGUUUUGCCCAGUGGCUAAUAUACAGCCUCACCGCCCUCGCACUCAUCGUCAUGCGGCACACCAGAAAACACCUGCACAGACCAAUCAAGGUGCCUGUGGUGGUUGCAGGGCUGGUGGUGUGUGUGUCGUGUUACCUGGUGUUGGCCCCCAUCAUUGAGAAGCCGGCGUUGGAGUAUCUCUACUGCACAGCUUUCAUCCUCAGCGGCCUGAUCAUAUACCUGAUCUUCAUACACCACACACACACCUGGACUAGCAGAGUCACGGGGCCAAUCACCAAACACCUACAGCUGCUGAUGCAGGUGGUUCCCCCAGAGAAGAUGGACUGAAGACCACACACACACACACACACACACA